CUGCUCCACGUCAUUUUCAUGCGUUCUCUCACCACAACAACCCAGCUCUGGGAUGUCUGCUGCAAAUACAUUAUUAUGAUUCCUAUUCAGCCUCACUGAGGGCAGAUAGAUCAUAUAAAUGACAGCGGCGUACACACAGAUGUUAUUAUUAUUCGUAUGAUUAAAUAAUCAGAUAAUAUUCAUCACCCAAUGCUGCAGUGAUGGAGGAUGAUGGAGAUCUGGAGACUCUGGGAGAGAAACUAUAUGAUCUGAUAUAUCCUAAAUACACUGAGAUGACUCCUAAACUUACAGGUAUGCUGUUGGAGUUGCCUGCUUCUGUUGUGUCUCAGAUGUUGUAUGAUGAAGGUCUGCUGAAUAAAGCACUGGAAAGAGCACUCUCCGCUCUCACAUCACUUGACAACAGUGAUCCCGUGUCUCACACUGAUGAUGCGGCGUCUGUGUCCUCCGACUCUGUGGGUGAACAGCUGUAUGACCUUAUUGACCUCUACAACACUGGACACACACAGAAAAUAACAGGCAUGUUAUUGGAGCAGAAGAAGGAGGCGGUGCUUCAGCUGCUGUCGGAUCACUCGCUCCUCGAGGAACAAGUUAAAAUCGCACUGAAGACCUUGCAGGAGCAGGGCGACGAGGAGACAGAUGUGAGUGACGACUCUGACAGAGAGGAAGUGGAAUCCAUUGGCGAGACUCUUUUCAAUGCUGUGCAUCAGUUAGACCCCACCCACUGCGCUGACAUCACCGGGAUGCUGCUGGAAAUGGAUUCUCGAAUGCUGAAACAGAUUCUGUCCAACCGGAGCAUGCUGGAAGUCGCAGUUCAGAGAGCAAAAAGUGCACUGGAGGGCGCUCUGAGCCCAACACACUCAGAAAUGUCAGCCUGAGGCUUGGAAUCUCUGCAGAUCACGUGACUGCAAGGAACCUUGUACUUGGGACUUUUAAGCCUGAACUGCUGUGUUGUUUACUUGUAUAAUUCAAGACAUUGUUAACAUGGAAUCCCUUUUUAGGAUUUUUGACACUUU